GCAAGCUCUUUACUAUUCAUGAACCGAGCCUUCGCCAUAGUAACAUUCCUAAUUUUUGCUUCCCCGAUCCUUAUCAAAACACAGACGGAACAUCAGCCGGAGCUGGGGCCCAUUGCCAAACACCAGUGUACACAAGGGAGCAUUUGCCCUGGAUUUGGCCUGUGCUGCCGGAGACUUUCAGGGGUCAAUAUUCACAUUUCGUUCCUCCUGGUUUGAAGCGAAUGGUUUUAAAUCUCUUCGAGUGAGUUGUCGAAGUAUUCGGAGAGGAUGGCAGAGGGAGGUUUUGACCCCUGUGAGUGCAUCUGCUCUCAUGAACAUGCCAUGAGGAGACUCAUCAGUCUGCUGAGGCAGUCCCAGUCCUACUGUACAGACACAGAGUGCCUUCAGGAGAUGCCAGGCCCCAACUCCUCUGUAGAAGGGGACAUCACUCUACCCCUGAUUAUUAUGGGAUGGCUAGUUCUAGCUCUCAUGCUAUUCUUGUUCCGCCCAGCCAGCAUGAGAGGUGUUUCAGCCAGCGGCAAGCCCUCCGGUCCCCAUGGUAAUCAUGGCAGAGAGCCACCAGCACCUCCUGUGGACUAGACGUUUUUCCACUGCAGAAGAUUUGAUCUUUUAAUCCAGCUUCCACCUGAUCAGCUACUGUGACUAAUAUAACUUGCUAGUUUCCUUAAUCAUCUGUCAGCGUUUCAGAUUCCAGAUUCUUUAGUCCGAUGAGGGGGUUGAUCUACACAGACACUUGGAUAACAAGGUGUUUCUACAACGUGUUACAUUCCAAAAGAGAGGAAGCAAAAAGAGAAAGUUGCCCUAGUGGCAAAAAUGUUGGAGUUUAAAGUUUCCCGGAAUUAUAUAUCUCUGUCAUAAUUAUUAUUUUUUUAUUUCUUACUAUAUUUUUAUUAUAAAGCAUUAUUAUGUAUUUAACAAGUUGUUAAAGUGACAUAAAGGCCUAUAUAUGACAUUUGCCCUAGAUCAGCCUGAAUAUUAAUUGCGAUCUAGAGGAAAGGUUACCUAGAAAUUGGGUGUUGUCAAAAGAUUUGGGUUAUUUUUGAGUAGACCGAGGUGAAGAGGAUAAUGUUAUUUGUCCUGUGGUAGCCAAUAGAUUCCAAAGCUAUGAUGACUUCACAGACAUGAUGUCAUUGGUCCGUGGUGGAGAACGAGCCUUGACUCUGCAUUGAGUCAUUGUAACGCAGAUGUAAUUUAGAUGAUUUAAGGUUGACCAAGACUUGACCAAGCAAAGGUCCUUUCCAGUUUCUAAUUGGCUCUUGUCACUUUUGACGUCAUGGCUGUGUGGAUGUUGUCAUGGUCUGGGAUCUGUUGACCACAGAGAAGUGGCUGAUCUAAAGCAUACCUCUCCACCCUGAAUACUUUGACAAUCUAUUUAACCUUUGUGUCUAAAAAUCGCUAGAGCAAUUGCUAGUAUAGCCACUUGAAUAGCCAAUCUUAACAAGGUGUUUUUUUUUUUUUUGCACAUUUGCUCAGGAAUCAUUAUGUAGCUAUACUAACUAAAACAGUCAAAUGCUAUGGGUGGCUGUCAAAAUUCAGUGGUCAAAAUCUAAAAACAAUGUAAUCUUUCAAAAUAAGUAAUACAAUGAGAAGAAUAAAUUUGGUACUAAGGAAUUUUGGGAAUAUUUGGAUGAGUGAGAUUGCCUUAUAGGUUACGUUCAAAGGCAAAUCACUAGUAGCACUUUGGUUGUGGCUCCUUCACAGUUGUGUACAGAAUGAAAGCUCCAGAAUAACACCAAAGAGAGGAUGUAAAUCUGCCCCAUUUCAAGUUUGGUGUAAAUUACUCAACUCCCUCUCUCUUUGGUUCUCUGAGAAUAUUAGAAUGUCUUAAUUGCACAAAAGUAAGUUGGGCUAAUGAUUUGUGGCAGAUCAGUUAAGGUGGUGGUGUGGAUUUCAGGGCAUGUCAAUUCUGUCAAUGUACACUGUUCUCAUGAAAGCGCUCUGUCAAAGGGCUUGAUCUAUGCACUUUUGGUUACUUCAAAUAAAUAUGAACAAUAGCAUCA